AUGACGCAACCUUGCCACGCGGUUACAUGGACAUCAGUGCAGACAUUUGUGCGCUGUUACAAGUUUGAUAAUUCUGCGGCAUCAGCUUCUAGCUUUGACCAUCUAGUGUUACGGUGCCUACCAGAUCUCCCACCCAAGGGGGAAACUUUGGGGCCACUGGACACCCACCCAGAGCAGUUUCACCUGGCUGGUGCAGAUGGACACACAAGCAGGAAUAUCUCAGAAGGACAUCUAAUGUUAUCCCCGGAUUGUGAAAUAAAAGAUAAUGACAGUAGACAGGAUUCUCCAGGAGAUAACCCCAUUACCACAAUGAUACAUCCAGCUCUAUCAGCUGAUCCCUCUGAUCCUGGGAAAUGUUCUCCUGAUCACUCUGAUAUUGGUGCAUCUGUUACAGCUCUGAGAGUAGAUACAGUGUUUCCCUGUUCUGUAGAUGCCAAAUGUUUUACACAGAACACAAAGCUUAUCACCCAUCAGGCAGCUAAGGCAGGUGAGAGGCCAUUUCCAUGUUCUGAGUGUGGGAAAUGUUUUACAUUGAAAGCAAAUCUUGUUAUACAUAACAGAAGUCACACAGGUGAGAAGCCAUUUUCUUGCUCUGAGUGUGGGAAAUGUUUUACAUUGAAAGCAAAUCUUAUUACACAUCAGAGAAGUCACACAGGUGAGAAGCCAUUUUCUUGCUCUGAGUGUGGGAAAUGUUUUACAUUGAAAGCAAAUCUUGUUAUACAUCAGAGAAGUCACACAGGUGAGAAGCCAUUUUCUUGCUCUGAGUGUGGGAAAUGUUUUACACAGAAAUCAUAUUUUAUUACACAUCAGAGAAGUCACACAGGUGAGAAGCCAUUUUCUUGCUCUGAGUGCGGGAAAUGUUUUAUCCAGAAAUCAUAUCUUAUUACACAUCAGAGAAGUCACACAGGUGAGAAGCCAUUUUCUUGCUCUGAGUGUGGGAAAUGUUUUACACAGAAAUCAUAUUUUAUUACACAUCAGAGAAGUCACACAGGUGAGAAGCCAUUUUCUUGCUCUGAGUGCGGGAAAUGUUUUAUCCAGAAAUCAUAUCUUAUUACACAUCAGCGAAGUCACACAGGUGAGAAUCCAUUUCCAUGUUCUGAGUGUGGGAAAUGUUUUGCAUGCAAAUCAGUUCUUGUUAUACACCAGAGAUGUCACACAGGUGUGAAGCCAUUUUCUUGCUCUGAGUGUGGGAAAUAUUUUGCACAGAAAUCACAACUUGUUACACAUCAGCGAAGUCACACAGGUGAGAAGCCAUUUCCAUGUUCUGAGUGUGGAAAAUGUUUUGCACGCAAAUCAGAUCUUGUUAGACAUAACAGAAGUCACACAGGUGAGAGGCCAUUUUCUUGCUCUGAGUGUGGGAAAUGUUUUGAACGGAAAUCACAACUUGUUGCACAUCAACAAAGUCACAGAGGUGAGAAUCCAUUUCCUUGCUCUGAGUGCGGGAAAUGUUUUACCUCGAAAACACAACUUGUUAUACAUCAGCGAAGUCACACAGGUGAGAAGCCAUUUCCAUGUUCUGAGUGUGGAAAAUGUUUUGCACGCAAACCAGAUCUUGUUAGACAUAACAGAAGUCACACAGGUGAGAAGCCGUUUUCUUGCUCUGAGUGUGGGAAAUGUUUUAUCCGGAAAUCACAUCUUGUUAGACAUCAGAGAAGUCACACAGGUGAGAAGGCAUUUCCUGGUUCUGAGAAAUAAAUCAGCUCUUGUUGGACACAAUAGACAUCAUUCAGGUGAGGAACCAUUUUAAUCUUCUGGAGUAUACUUAUCAUUGCCAUGUGUUGUUCUUCAAGGUUCUUAUCCUAUCUCCUAUGCUUUUUGCAAUAUACAUGUUACCACUGAGUGAAAUAAUCAGAUGUCAUGCCCUCAUCUACCACUGCUAUGCAGAUGACCUGUCUUUUGCUCCAGAUACUGAGAAACCAGUCCCAAUCCUAUAACUAUGCGAAGAACCUCGCUUAAAAUGCAAAAUUUUAUUGCAAUGAUUAUUAUUAAUAAAUUGGUAAUGUUUGAAUUGUG